CGGGUUUUGAUAACACUGUCCAAAACACGUCGUUUUGCCUCACCGUUUUACCCACCAUAGCCCUAGAAAUCUCUCGCAGUCUCGCUUGAUCGGCGGACAUCUCCAUCUCCAUCUCCAGCAGCCCCGCACCAUCAUCUUUACCGCCAUCAUCGUUUCUCCAUCGCCAGCCCAGCGCCGCCGUCAUCUGCCCAGACCACCACCCCAUCAUCUUCCUCUCAUCCCCGCGACGCCAUCAUCUUUUUUUCCUCGCCAGACCCGCGUUCGAGAUCUUCUUCCUCUCCCUCGCCAGCCCCGCGCCGCCAUCAUCAACCGAUAAAUUCUGCUGAUCUAGCAAAAGAAGAAGAGUUCAGCUAGGAGGGCUUAUUACUAGGAGCAAUGGCGAGAUACGAUAGAGCUAUCACCGUCUUUUCGCCCGAUGGCCAUCUCUUCCAGGUCGAAUACGCACUGGAGGCCGUCCGCAAGGGAAACGCGGCCGUCGGCGUCCGUGGCACCGACACCGUCGUCCUCGGCGUCGAGAAGAAAUCCGCCGCCAAGCUUCAGGACUCCAGAUCAGUGAGGAAGAUCGUCAACCUCGAUAAUCAUAUUGCUUUGGCAUGUGCUGGCCUUAAGGCAGAUGCUCGAGUGCUAAUCAACAGGGCCAGAAUUGAAUGUCAAAGCCACAGGCUAACAGUGGAGGAUCCUGUCACUGUUGAGUAUAUCACCCGUUACAUUGCUGGACUUCAGCAAAAGUACACGCAAAGCGGCGGUGUCAGGCCAUUUGGGCUUUCGACCUUGAUCAUAGGGUUUGAUCCAUACACUGGGGUGCCCUCACUUUAUCAGACAGAUCCUUCUGGCACUUUUUCAGCUUGGAAAGCAAAUGCAACUGGGAGGAACUCCAACUCCAUCAGAGAGUUUCUGGAGAAGAAUUAUAAAGAAACUUCUGGUCAAGAAACCAUCAAGCUUGCAAUCCGGGCCUUACUGGAGGUUGUGGAGAGCGGUGGAAAGAAUAUUGAAGUCGCAGUAAUGACGAAAGACCAGGGCCUACGACAACUUGAAGAGUCUGAAAUUGAUGGUAUUGUGGCUGAGAUUGAAGCGGAGAAGGCAGCUGCUGAGGCUGCCAAGAAGGGCCCUGCUAGAGACGCAUGAUAUUAGGAACCCCCCUGAAUUUGUUCUGCCAAUGGGCCACAGGACCUUCCGUAGUUUAUGUUAUCUUGUGCUACAGCUCUUAAUGUGUUUGAAGUUAUCAGAGUUUGAUUGUAGAUUUCUGAGGUGCUAUUGAACAUUUCCUUUUGAUGUAUUUCAGUCUCUAGAUGAACGGUGUGGAAUUUCAACUUGGCAAAUGAUUUCUGAGCCUUCUGCUUUGUCUUUUGUUUCCUUUUUACUGCUUUUGAGGGCUCCGUCUCUCUCCCCACUUUUCUCCAAAACCCAUUACCAACCAACACUUCAGUUUUCAUUCAUCAGUGGGGAAGAAAGGAAGGAAGAAAAACUAGGUGGGUGUGAGAGCGAUUGAUUGAUUUGCCCUUUUUCUUUGCGCUGUGAUUCUGCUCUCAUCUGCUUCCCCAUUUUUGUGCUUUUAGGUCUGCUAUGUGUUUGAUGC